UAACGUGCACAACAAGACGAGAGGUAUCUAUUAGGUACUUCGAGAUUAUUUGUCAAUAUUUUGAUUACAAUUUUCGUGCGAGGGUGCCGUCGUGUCUAACAGACCUCCAUCAAGCUAAUUGAUAGCUUGUGAGCGGUCAUUUUCCGUCACGUAUCUUACUUCCUCGUUUGAGUCAUGAAGGAAAUGGACUUCUCUACAAACAGUUUUGUGAGAUCAUGUUCCUUAGACUGUGAACUUAAACCUGUCGAUGUGUUCAAACAGGCAGUCCCCAAACUCCUCCCAUUUUUCAAGACAUUUUGCAUCUACUUCAUACUAUGGCUGCCAGAAGCCAAGAAUCCUUCAAUACUGGCAGCUGCAAUAAAGAUCUUACCCAUCAUAAGCCUGUGUGGCUUUGUCAUCAUGCAAGGAGUGAACCCCCAUGACUAUAACAGCCGCAUACUUCUUGGCCUUAUCUUCUCCAUGUUUGGCGAUAUAUUUAUAGUUUGGGAACAUAGCCAUUUCCAUUUUGGUGUCAUCUCUUUUGGUAUCGCCCAUCUGUGCUAUGCUUCAGCAUUCAGUUUCACACCAGUUAAUCCAUUAGUUCUAGUGGGUCUUUUGAUCCUAACUCUAAACACUUAUUCCUUGUACUUUCCAAACCUCAAUGGCUCCCUCAUGGGAACAGUUGCUGGAUACAUGCUGAUGAUAUCUGUUAUGAUCUGGAGAGCAAUCACUGGUCUUCAGGUUUCUUUAUGUAGCCAAGCUUGGCAGUGGACCAAACUUUGUGCAUGUGUUGGAGCUAUUUCAUUUGGUUUUUCAGAUUUUAUUCUUGGUGUAAACAAGUGGUAUUUUCCAAUCCCUUAUGCUCGAGUUAUUGUUAUGGUGACAUACUAUAGUGCCCAGUUAGGCUUUGCUCUGUCUUGUUUCACCACUAGUCAGGUUAAAUUGCAUAAAACCAAGGAAUAGGUUUUAAGCUUAGGUUUAAAGUAGGUUUUUAGCUUAACUAAAAAAUAUACACUUAGUGUAUGAUCCCUAGGGAAACAGUUAGUUUUGUCUUCCCAAGAGUCCUGUUCAAUGUUUCCUUGACUUUAUCUUGGGAAAAAUCAGGACUCUUGGGAAAACAAAAGUAAUUAGUUUCCCAAGGGACCAUACUUUAAGUUCUUUGUUAUAUAUUUAGACUUUCCCUUAAACAGUCGUGUGCAGUUGUAUUUGGCGAGUGGGCAACAACUGCACAAUUGUAUCCCAGUUGGGAUACAUUUGAAUCUGAUUAGGGGCAUGUGACCAAGAAUCAACCAAUCACAGUGCUCGUUUUGUUGAGUGAAAGUCUAGGUAUAUAACAAGUGGUAUUUUCCAAUCCCUUAUGCUCGAGCUAUGUUAUGGUGACAUACUACAAUGCACAGUUAGGCGUUGCUCUGUCUUGUUUUACCGCUAGCCAGGUUAAAUUACAUAAAACCAAGGAGUAGGUUUUUAGCCUAGGUUCCUUUGAAGGAAGUUUAUGCAGUCAUGAAAGAAAGUCAAGGUACAGUUGAACCCAGCUUACUAAAACUUGGUUUACUCAACUCCCCUGUAACUCAAGCAAGAUCCAAUUUCCUUUGACCUAAUUUUUUUAGUCAUUUACAAUCCGUUAACUCAAAAACCCCAAUAACUCAAUUUAUUUUUCAUUUCCCUGGGGGGUUGAGUUAGCAGGGUUCUUCUGUAUUUUAAAAGAAAAAAAGAGCUUUGUCUCCAUAGUUUGGGGUUUUUUCUAAGGCUAGUCAGGGUGUGAAAUUAAUUUUUUUUUCUGAUAGCCACUUGGCUCCUAAAUUCUUCAAAGUGGUAGCCAAUUCAAAAAAAAGUUGGUCGCCAUUUUCAAAGACAAACUAAACCUUUUUUCACGCUGUCAGCAUUCUAGAUAGACCCUCCAAAAUUAAGUUAGGAAGAAGAUCUUUAACGUGCUACAAAGUGGACACUAGGAUGGGAGAUAUACAACUUUCAAGCUCACCUAAAUCCAAUAUGGCGUCUAGUUAUCAAUUGAGAUGCAUGUGCUGCACUUUGGAAACAAACUUAACGAGGAAGUUUGCUGCAGAUUUAUCUUUGCAAAUCAUUUUCAUUCAAUCUAUCUCUUUCGUAAGGUUAUGAUGAAACAUUCUAGUCGCCAAUUUGGUGACUAAGUUUUAAGAUUUGGUCGCCAAAGUGAAAAAUUUAGUUGCAUUGGCACCUGUAUUAGGCACAAUUUCAUGCCCUGCUAGUUCGUUUUUUUUUUGGUUGAUAGAAAGAAACUAUUUCAAUUAAUAUAAAUUUGCAAGAGUAAACAAAAACCUGAGAGGCAAGAAAAAACUGAACAGGACAAAGAAGGCUCACUGACUGUGUAAAUAUUAUCAUAGAUUCCAAUUAACUAUCUUGAUGCAAAUUUUUCAUGCCUACCAUAAUUUUUUUUAUAAUUCAUCAUACACUACAGAGGAAAAUUUUGUUCAAACUGACAUUUUUAGUUUCAGCUCUUUUCGUCAGUGCUAUGCUCUUACAUGGGGCCAUUAUAAUUUAAACAUACAGUCAACUCUUUCCUUACAGCACAUUUCAGUUAUGGACAGUUGCUAAGUAAUGUUAAUUCCCUACAGUUAUUUUUGGUAGAACUGGUAAUUUUAUCAAGACCUCCAAUGAUCCAGGCUAGAAGAAGCUCUUUUUCAACUUUCUUUUUGCCUUUAGGUAAGACUGUGGACACAUAACCACAACAGAGACAUGACUUUUUAUUAUGUACCGUAGGACUUGCAAAUGCAUGGAGAAGUGGAAACGAAACUCCCCAAAUAAGAAAGAAAACAUCACAAAUAGACAAUUUUUCGUCCUGUAAACAUUACUUGAUGUAAAAAGAUAUUUAAUUUGUCAUUUAAAUUACAAAGAAAGAAAAACUACAACU